CAAAAAACUUAUUCCUUAUUUAAAUGAAGUAGAUUUUUGUUUUUUACUUGUGGCAAUUACAAUGAUAUGAGCCUCUGUCUUGCAUUUGUAUAUAUGAACACUUCAGAUGACAUGAAUUUGCAAUUAGGGUGAGUACAAAAAAUGGAAGUUGUUGGACAAAGCAAGAAGCGAAUAAGCUCAUGGUGGCCAAAAUUCUUCCAGAAACAAGAAAGAAGAAAACCACCACAAGAUUUGACAACUCACAAGAAGCCUGGAGGAUGGAAAGCCAUGCCGUUCAUUUUAGGAAACGAGAGCUGCGAAAGACUGGCCACUUUUGGUAUGUUGGCAAACUUAAUGGUGUACUUCCUAAAGGUGUUUCACAUGGAUGUAGCCUCCGCGGCAAAUUUGAUCAACAUCUGGUCUGGCGUUACUAAUUUUGCACCUGUACUCGGAGCUCUCAUUUCUGAUGCUUUUCUAGGCAAAUUCAAGACCAUCGCUUUUGCAUCUUUCGCCGCACUUCUUGGACAAAUAACGAUGACGUUGACGGCGUGGGAAUCGCACCUGCAUCCUCCAUCAUGCAACCUACAACAGCAAUUACUUGGGCAAUGCAAACGCCCAAACAAACUUAAUAUGGGUAUCUUGUUAAUGGGCCUGGGCUUGCUUUCUAUCGGAUCCGGAGGAAUCAGGCCUUGUAGCAUCCCAUUUGGUGUUGAUCAAUUUGAUCCAACAACUGAACAAGGAAGAAUAGGGAUUGCCAGUUUUUAUAACUGGUAUUAUGCAACAUUAAUUGUGAUACAACUAUUUAUCUUAACUCUGGUGGUUUAUAUCCAGACCAACAUUAGUUGGGUAUUGGGCUUUGGACUACCUACCAUUCUAAUGCUCUGCUCCAUUAUCAUUUUCUUUGCUGGGAAAAGAAUUUAUGUCCACCAACAACCAGAGGGAACUAUAUUUUCUAGUAUUGCUAAGGUGCUCGUUGCUGCUUAUCGUAAGCGCCGGCUUAGGGUUUCGGUAGAUGGAAAGGCGGAUGAGACCUUUUUCGAUCCUCCAUUGAAGAAAACUAUAUUGUUCAAGCUCCCUCUUACCAACCAGUUCAGGUUCUUAAGCAAGGCCGCCAUAAUAGAGGAAAACGACCUGAAUCUGGAUGGUUCUUGCGCAAAUCCAUGGAGGCUAUGCAGCAUCCAACAAGUGGAAGAAGUGAAAUGCCUUGUGAGAAUAAUCCCAAUAUGGUCUACAGGUAUUAUUGGCCUCAUCUCAAUAGCACAACAAACUACAUUUACCAUAUCACAAGCCUUAGUGAUGGACAGACACCUCGGACGCAAUUUUCAAGUCCCAGCAGGAUCAAUUAUUGUGAUAUCAAUGAUCGCACUUGGGCUAUGGCUCCCAUUCUACGACCGAGUCAUUGUUCCGUUCCUUAGAAAACGCACCAAACAAGAAGGUGGAAUCACACUUAUGACGAGGAUGGGAAUUGGCUUGAUAUUCUCAAUUCUAUCGAUGGUUGCUGCAGGAUUGGUUGAGAGGGCUCGAAGAGCUUCCGCGAAUUCGCAUCCUCAGCCCCUUGGGAUUUCACCAUUGUCAGUCUUUUGGUUGUCUCCGCAACUUAUCCUUCUGGGCUUCUGCGAGGCGUUCUAUGUUAUUGGACAACUUGAAUUUUACAAUAAUGAGUUCCCAGAGCACACGAGAAGCAUUGGCAACUCGGUUUUUUUCUGCUCUGCGGCUGGUGCAAGCUACCUUAGCAGCUUCAUGAUCUCGAUUGUGCAUCGAACUACCAAACCCAAUUGGUUAGCAAAUGAUCUUAAUCAAGGUAGAUUAGACUAUUUCUACUUCCUUUUGGCUGGGAUGGGGUUCUUGAAUUUCAUCUAUUACCUGGUUUGUGCUCGUGGAUAUCGUUAUAAAGUUUUUGUACCAAUGGAAGAUAAACCCAAUGAUGAUAACAAAGCUUCUGUACCAUUGGAAGAUAAACCCAAUGAUGAUGAUCGUGUUGAGCUGGCCUCAUUGACAGUAUGAAGUUCGUAGGGAAGCAUCAUGUCACUUUACUUAAAAGAUAUCGUGUGUUAGGGAAUGUAAUGUCCAUGUAUUUUCUUUUAUGUAUUUGCUAAGCGUUGUAUUUGUAAACUUUCAUUACAUAAGGAUAAAUAUACACCUAAAAGGGUGAACCAAGGUAUGUCCACCAAACUUGAAAAAUGUAUAACAAGUA